AUGACGAGCAGCAAAAUGGAAGCCCUGCUGAAUUCGAUUAUGGAGGUGCCUUUGGAUGAAAGUGGUUUGGUGAGCAGGACGGUAUCUGCAUCCCUUCAGGAACUGGGACACGUGGAUGCGGAAGGGGUCCUCAUGUUCUGUCGCAAGUACGUGAUCCACCACCGGCGGUUGCCCCUGGUCCAGCGCACGGCGCUGCUGAAGGCUAUGGCACAACUGGUGAGGGAAAACAUUGACGACGUGGGCCGAGGGGCGGCGAAGAAACUCAUCACCUUGGCUUCCAUCGAAAUGACCAAAACGAAGGACGUGUCCGAUGAGCACCAGGAGGUCGCGAGCCAGCUGUUGCUGAGUGUGGGCCAUUGGUUCACCAAGGAGGCUUUCGACGAGCUGCUCUCGAUGUUUCAACCAAAGAUGAGCCCCUUCUUUUUUGUGGUGUUGGCCCUGGCCAAUCUCUGUAAAGAGCACGUGCAUUUUGUGGUCCCCUUACUGAAGCCUGUGCUUCACACUGUGCUGAUGAUGCUCCCUACUGUAACAGAUGAGAAAACCAAAUGGGUGUUCUGCUUUGCUUUGGGGAUUUUUAGCGAGAGCAUUCUUGCCUACCUCUUUGACAUAGAGGAGGCCCCAGACCCCACGGUGAAGAAGAAUUUAUUCUUCCAGGAGUUCUCUGAGGCUUAUGACAUCCUGUUCAAUGUAUGGCUGCCCUUUAAUGAAAGGAAUGUGAGCACAGCAGUGAUCGAGACGCUGGGCCAGAUAACCCACCUGAUCCCCUUCGACAAGCUAGAGAAUGAGCUCCCCAGGUUAAUACCGGCAAUCCUCUCCAUGUACCAGGAAACGGCCAGUGAUUUCUGUGUCACCCAGGGCCUGUAUGGAGUUCUGCACACUGCCGUGGAGAGGAACAGCGAGGAGCUGUUGCUGCAAGUUGACAGUCUGCUUAUCAACUUGCACAAUCAGAUCUGCAUCGUGGUGGAGCAGUCGGCCGAUCCAUACUCUCAGAAACAGCAGAAAGAGAUCCUGUGCUGCUUCAAGCUCCUGACGCCAUCCUUUACAUUCCAGAUUGUGGAUUUCCUCCUUUUAAAGCUGGAAAGCACCAACAACCAGAUCCGACUGGGAACACUGAUGGUGCUGGAUCACCUCAUCAAUAUGGUACCGCUCUACGUAGCCAACCAAAAGAAUCAGAUUCUGGCCAGUAUGAAGUUACUGGUCUUAGCUAAUGAUAACCGAGUGAAGGGAAAGCUUGGCCAGGUCAUCUACACCAUGGCGCGGCACAAUUACCUCCAUUUGGAGGGAGGAAAGGAUAUGGUGGAGUUUGUCAUCCGACAGUGCUCUCUGCCUCCUGCAGAGAAUGAGAACCCUCUCGAGCACCCUUUCAGCGUCACUGACGAUGUGAUCACAGACUGCGAUUUACGGCGGUGGUGUGAGGAGUUGAUGAAAUUGUUGACAGCGUUACCCAUCGAAAACGUUCUCUGGCCAUUUCUCUUCGAGUUUAUCAUCCCCGUACGAUGCACAAACGCAUUGGCCACAGUUUGCAAUUCCUUGGUCGCCCUGGCGAUGAAGAAACUAGAGGCUGGGUUGACAGAGAGUUUUCUCAAUUACAAGGAGAAUCCCAAUAUUCCUGGGCCUCAUGCACUGCUAACCCAGCUGCUGACGAUGGCGUCUUCUCUACACGAGGGAAAAAGCAGGUGUGCAUCUGCUGUGGUCCUGCUGCAAGUCCUGGGCACGGAUAUCCACCCGGCAGCUCCUCAAGCCUGGGAAAAGGAGUUCCCAACUCUACUUGACUAUCUGCAGGAAAACUCAAAGAAGUCCAUGCUCCAGAGCCAAUGGGAAGAAAAGCUAAUAAACGUUUUGUUUCAGACCCUGGAGUUGAUCAUGGAUGAGGAUUGGCUAAGCCAACUUGUCAAAGAGCUGAUUAACUACCUUCACAGCCAUUAUAACUUUCCGCAGGAGAAAGGGUUCGUCUAUAAGUGUUUGGGAGCAGUACUGCAAAUGAUCCAGAGUGAAGAAGUGGUGAAGAGAAAUCUACAGGAGAUGCUACAGACGGUGAGGCAUAAUGAGGCAUUGGAGAAAGAUGGCUUAGCCAUUGGGAUUGGUUAUUGUGCUGUUACCCAUUUAGACAUGGUGCUGAACCUCCUGAAGGAAUUUGCAAAGUUGAAUAUUUUUAAGAAGACGGCGAGCUACUUUCAGAUUAUUAAGGACCAGGAGGAUAUUGAGAUAAUCAAAGUGAAAAGCACACUUAUCUCGUGCUACGGCCAUAUCAUAUCUUGCUCCCCAAAGGACCUCACGCCAUCCAGAAUAGACAAUGAAAUUGUGGAGAAUGUCCUCAACCACUAUAACAUCAAGAUCUUGGGAAUGAAGAUUGAGGUCAGGGACCUGACAUUGAAGUUAAGUCUGAUCAAGACAGUGACUCAGUUAGCCUUGACCAGCCAACCUGACAAAAUGCCUAGCUACAACUUCAGAAGAAAGGGAGAACUGCUGGGCUACAUGCAGGAGCUCAUUAAGGCUGAACCAAUAGAGGUACUCCUGACCCCUGUCCGAAAGUAUGCCAUUAACGCCUGCACGGCCCUCUUAAAACUACAGCCCCAGUUUGGUGAAAGCAAGCAACUUGUUCAGACGUGCCUGAGUAGCGUUUUCAACUUGCCUCGACUGGAGUCCGACGCAGUCGAUGAGCACCCAAACCUGAGCUUGGCGGACAGGCAGGCACUGUUUAAUGAGACCGUGACCUCGCUGCUGGAUUUUCUGAAGCAGCUUUUGCUUUGUGACCUGUCGCCAGCUGGACUUCAUUCAGCGUUCACCAACUUGGAGACCUGGAUUCAGUGCAAAAAAGACUAUGCACGAGAAAUGGCGAUCGAGACCACAUUGCAGCUCUUGGUGUUUUACCUGGAGCACAUUGGCACCAAAGAGAAGGUUCAAUCGCAUAACCUGGGCGUUCUCAUCGGGCACAUGGUGCUGCGAUGCACAGAUCCAUCACGUGUUGUAAGGGAGAUGGCUAUUGAAUGCUUGUACAUCCUCCUCUACAUUCAGAUACGUUUUGAGGGGCUGCCUGUAGAUCAGAAAGACACAGAGGUGGAACACCUGAAAGCCAUCAAAGAUGGGUUACAUCAGGGCAACUGCCAACCCAUGUUUCAGGUCUGCACCGACGUUGGCAAAGUGCUUUCGAAAUGCAUGCCCCGUGAGCAGCUGUUGAGUUUACUCUUCACUUUGUUCCUCGGUCUCACUGACAGUCAAUCCAACGGCUCCUUCGCGGCCUCAAUUGUCACCAAUGUCCUCGUUACAAAACGUGGUGCCGGCCUCACUGAUGCCCCGAUGGUUAUCAAAGCCCUCCACAAGGAGUUGAAGUCAAUCAGCCAGCCGCACAUAAUACGCAUGGGGGUACGUUCCAUCUCCAACCUGGCAGCCCAGCACGUGCCGCUUAUAUUACCUUGCCUCCUGUGGUACCCCGUCCCGUUCGACGAUCACAUUCGCGAUGUCUGGCGCUCCCUCCUCAAAACCAACUUGGUUGCCGUGCACUCCAUCAAGUAUCUGCUGGACAAUCUGAAGCUUUUGUAUGAAAGCAGCAAAGAGUCGCUCUUCAGCGAUGAGACAAACUCAGAGCCGCACCAGCCUCAAGCUGUGAUCUGUGCUCUCCACCAAAUGAUCUGUAACCAGGACUCGAACGCUGUGGUCGAGAUUCUUUACUCCCAGAUAUUCAGCACAGUUCUGAUUCAUCUCAGUUCCAGCGUCCAGGCCCGAUUGCCUCAGGACUUUUUUCGAAUCCAGGCAGAUAAGACAUCCUCUGACCUCCCUCAGAAGCCUUGUCAUAGCACGGCCUGCCAUUACUCCAUCGAGAUACUGCAGGCGCUCUUGGGGGAGGGGACGGGAGCAGUAACAGACAUGACCGAGAAAGGAGGCUGGGACCUGAUCAAACAAGCCGAGGUGCACCACGAGGGGGUAACGCUGCUGGCCAGCACCAUGGCCAAAGUUGCCGCCUCCCACUUGAUCAACAUCAUCGAACUGCUGACCCCUGUCCUGUCAAACAUCCAUGAGUGCCAGCGGAUCACGGCAACGGCCUACUUUGGAGAGCUUCUCAACCACCUGGUGGUGUGUGAACUGACGUUGACAGACACGCUGGUGGGCAGCCUGCUCCGCUGUCUAAUUGACGAUUCGCCUGUGGUCCAGUGGUUGGCAGUCAAGGGCCUGGGCCACACUGGGAGCAGGGCCUUGCACAAGACAGAGAAAUAUGUGGCUAAGCUGCUUCCCGCGAUGGUGUCCAUCAUGGAUCAGAAUUGCAAAGUCAACGCCCUCCUGACCAUCGAGGCGAUGACGAGCGUCUCGAAGAUCUUGGAUAACCUGCACCAAGACUACACCGACGCCAUCCUUAUUGAGCUGGCAAUGGCGCUGCAGGCUUUCUUUGAGAACCGCCAGGAGAGGGUGAGGGCCGCUGCUGUUGGCGUAGUGGGGAACCUCCUCCGAUUUGGCAGCAUGCAGAGGAACCCCGUGUACCUGGAGUACAUCUACACAGCCCUGACCAGCCUGCUGCUCCACCUCAACGAGAAGAACGAGGAGGUCAGGCGAGCCUGCAAACACGUGCUGACCCUGGCCGGUCCCUGGCUGCCAUCGGAGAGGAUGUGCAAACACCUCCAGGAGCUUGCUCUUGAGAACACGGAGCUGGACUACGAGAGCUAUCUGGAGGCGACCGCCCAGCUCAUGGCCGAGGAAUUGCCCUCAAGGGUCGUCCAAUGCAUCAAGAGCUGCACCACCUUCUUCAAGAGCGGGCAGACGGAGAUGCGGGAGAACGCUGUCACAUUUGCGAGUUUCCUCAUGCAUCACGCCCCAGCCGGUUACCCUCAAUCGCUUGGCGCCAAUCAGAUGUGCAAGGAGGUCCUCACCUUGCUGUCGGACCAUGUGCAGAGUGUUCGCAUCAAAGCAAUGGCUGCAAUCCAGCGACUGUACAUGUACUAA